AUCCGGGAGCUCAACAUGAAUAUAAUUGAAACAUCCCAUUACCUUCCACUUACCUGUCUGAUCCUACCCCGAAGCUCAGUUCAGUUGAGUUCUACCGAAUUCCCAUUCAACAACUGCCAGAUUCUGGGUCCUGUCAUGGAAAGUGCUUCAACAAAGUCCCCCCAACACCAAGACCAAGUCCACGACAAAAAUGAAGAUCCACUGCCGGUAUGGAGCCGUCUGCUGAACCGCAACGCGGAUGGUCGUAAGCGUAGUAACAACUACCGGACCGACCAGUACCAGGUGGAGAUCUCCGACCGGCUGUGGUCGCUUUGGGGCAGUGCACAGGUCGUGGAGGAAGUUUCAGAUCUUCCUAGUACGUCUGGCGAACAAAUUGUUUCGGGGACACAACUUCGUGGUAAGUCUGCCGAAACUCAAGUGGUUCCGGGACGGACUCUGGCCUGCUGUGUGAUGGCCUGCUGUGCCAGCAACUUCCGGUCGCUGGACUUUUGGAGCUCGCAUACGCUGGACAGGAUCGUUGCCAAUGGCCAUAAGUACCACAAUGCCAGCGCAGCGAGGAUCAACAGGCCGGAGCGGGCUGCAGAGCUGGUCCUGGAGAAUUUGCUCACCGCCUGCUCCAUGGACAGGCACCACUUCUGGGUGAACACUGAGAAGGUGAUCACUGGGAUACUAUACAACAGGCACAAGAGCCUUGGGGCUGCACUCAGCAUCUUCUUCAACCAUCAGCAGAAGACGGGUAUCCUGCAGCUCAAGAAUAAGGCCUUGGCCUUUGGCUUCAUCCCAGAAGCAGCGGCAGGUGGGGCUUUCUUCAUGUUCCAUUGCCAGGCCCAGGGCAAGCCCAUCUUCAAGGACUCUGAGAGCGCUCCGUAUGUGCUGCGGAUGCGGCAACUGCAGCAGCUGCUCCAUUGCAUCCUGACCACACUAAACGAACGCUCGUGGAACGUACCCUUCAAGAUACACAAGGUGUCGUGUGUGGCCAGGAAUCGAUCGACGUCGAGUGGCACAUACUAGGCCCGGUUGGGGGAUUCGGUAGGAAACGAAAACAAAUUAAAAACUAUUUUCAAAAGUGAUAUGUUUUGGA